AUAUCAACAUAUAGCUUUAGCUUUUAAACAGACUUGCUGGAUUUAUUUAAAAGAGAACUUCCCGACAGAAAGACAAUGGCGACCGUUCGUAAGAAGGUAGACAACCGGAUCCGGGUCCAGAUCGAGAAUGGAUUAGCUCAGCAGCACCGGACCAUGUUCGUGGUGGUGGGAGAUCGUGGGAGAGAUCAGGUGGUGAUCCUCCAUCACAUGCUGUCUAAAGCUGCAGUCAGAGCUCGACCCUCUGUGCUCUGGUGCUACAAGAAAGACCUCGGAUUUAGCAGCAAUCGGAAGAAGCGCAUGAGGCAGCUACAGAAGAAGAUUAAAACUGGCACUCUGAACCUGAAUCAGGAUGACCCGUUUGAACUCUUCAUUGCUGCAACCAACAUCCGCUACUGCUAUUACAAUGAGACACACAAAAUCCUGGGAAACACCUACGGCAUGUGUGUCCUACAGGACUUUGAAGCGCUCACCCCCAACCUUCUGGCAAGGACGAUUGAGACGGUUGAAGGAGGAGGGAUAGUUGUCAUUCUACUUCGAACCAUGAACUCACUCAAGCAGCUGUACACCAUGACCAUGGAUGUGCACUCCCGAUACCGAACCGAGGCUCAUCAGGACGUGGUCGGCAGGUUCAAUGAGAGGUUCAUUCUUUCUCUCGCAUCCUGUAAAAACUGUGUUGUCAUCGAUGACCAGCUCAACAUCCUGCCGAUCUCCAGCCACACGGCAAACAUCAAGCCAGUCCCUCCAAAGACCCAGGAGGAUGGUUUAUCUCCUCGAGAACAGGAGCUGAAAGACCUUAAGGAGUCUCUUCAGGACACUCAGCCUGUUGGUGUGCUGGUGGAUUCCUGCAGGACCAUGGACCAGGCAAAAGCAGUGCUUAAAUUUAUCGAAGCAAUCUCAGAGAAGACCCUGAGGAGCACCGUUGCUCUGACGGCCGCUCGAGGUCGAGGCAAAUCCGCUGCCAUGGGCCUGGCUGUGGCUGGAGCGGUGGCCUUUGGCUACUCCAACAUCUUUGUAACCUCUCCAAGCCCAGACAACCUUCACACCAUGUUUGAGUUCAUCUUCAAAGGCUUCGAUGCGCUGCAGUAUCAGGAGCAUCUUGAUUAUGAAAUCAUCCAAUCAUUAAAUCCUGAAUUUAACAAAGCCGUGGUGCGAGUGAACAUCUUCAAAGAGCAUCGACAGACCAUUCAGUACAUCCACCCAGGGGACGCGGUAAAGCUGGGCCAAGCUGAGCUACUGGUGAUCGACGAGGCUGCGGCCAUCCCUCUUCCUCUCGUUAAGAAUCUGCUGGGGCCUUAUCUGGUUUUCAUGGCCUCCACUAUCAACGGAUAUGAGGGCACCGGGCGCUCGCUUUCCCUCAAGCUGAUCCAGCAGCUGAGGCAGCAGAGUGCAGAGACUCAGCAGAGCACAUCUGCAGAGAACAGGACCACCAGCACAGCAAGGCUAGCAGCAGCUCGCACUCUGCAUGAAGCCUCUCUACACGAGUCGAUUCGUUAUGGUAGUGGAGAUGCGGUGGAGAAGUGGCUGAACGAGCUGCUCUGCCUCGACUGCCUCAACAUCCCCAGACUCAUUUCUGGCUGCCCACUUCCACAGACCUGUGACCUCUACUAUGUGAACAGAGACACGCUGUUUUGUUAUCACAAAGCUUCUGAGGCUUUUCUGCAGAGGUUGAUGGCGCUCUAUGUGGCAUCGCACUACAAGAAUUCCCCCAAUGACCUCCAGAUGCUGUCCGACGCUCCAGCUCAUCACCUUUUCUGCCUCUUGCCACCUGUACCUCCUACUCAGAACUCGCUGCCCGAGGUCCUCGCUGUGGUGCAGGUGUGUCUGGAGGGAGAAAUAUCGAGGCAAUCUGUCCUCAACAGUCUGUCCAGAGGGAAGAAGGCCUCAGGCGACCUCAUUCCCUGGACCGUGUCGGAGCAGUUUCAAGAUCCAGACUUUGGCAGCCUGUCUGGAGGCAGAGUGGUUCGAAUAGCAGUCAAUCCAGACUACCAAGGGAUGGGCUACGGCUCCAGAGCUCUCCAGCUGCUGCAGAUGUACUACGAGGGCAAGUUUCCCACUAUGGAUGAGAACUCCCAACCAAACCACACUGGAAUCGCUUCAGUCAGCAGUGAGGCCGUGAGUCUGCUGGAGGAGGUGAUCACACCUCGGAGAGAGCUCCCCCCUUUGCUGCUUAAGCUCAGUGAGAGGAGAGCGGAGAGACUGGAUUAUUUAGGAGUGUCCUAUGGUCUAACUGCACAGCUGCUGAAGUUCUGGAAGAAAGCAGGUUAUACCCCCGUCUACCUGAGACAAACGCCUAACGACCUGACAGGAGAGCAUUCUUGUGUGAUGCUGAAGGAGCUGAACACAGAUGAGACGUCGGAGCAGAGCCAGUGGCUGUCAGCCUUCUGGAAGGAUUUCCGUCGGCGCUUCCUGUCUCUGCUCUCCUACCAGUUUAGCGGCUUCAGCCCCAGCCUGGCUCUCAGCAUUCUGCAGAAUAAGAAGUCCAAGGAGGAGACUUCCAGUCUCAGCAGCUCUGAUUUGGCUGCCCAUUUCACCCCUUAUGAUCUCAGACGUCUGGAGUUGUAUUCGAGGAACAUGGUGGACUACCACCUGAUCAUGGACUUGGUCCCAGCUGUGGCACGCUUGUUUUUUCUCAAACAGCUUGGAGAUGUUUCUCUCUCUGCAGCGCAAUGUGCGUUGCUGCUGGGAAUUGGACUGCAGCACAAAACUGUGGAUCAGUUGGAAAAAGAACUCGAUCUCCCUAGCUCACAGCUCAUGGGCCUCUUUAAUCGUCUUAUUCGCAAAUUUGUGCAGACAUUCACCAGCAUCCAGGAGAAAGCCAUCGAAGCUGACAUGGUAACCACUAAAGACGUUUCCAUGGAGCCGACCGUCAGAAGUCUUAAUGAAGACCUGAGUGAAGCUGCCAAAGAGUUUGAGGAAAGGCACAAAAAGGAUCUGGAGAAAGUGAAGGAAAUGGAGCUGGAGGAGUACACGAUUCGUGGAAAGGACGAGGAGUGGGACCAGGUUCUGAAGACAGCCGGGAACUCGGCGGUCAUCAGCAUCAAAAGUGACAAGAAGAGGAAAUGGGAAGGGAAGAGUGACCUAACAAAAAACGGGGCCCCUCCGCUGAAAAAGAAGGAAAAACAAGGAAAAUUUAAGAGCAAGCACAAGCCUGGAAAAUUUGGAAAGAAGGCGUGAGCGCCGCAGGACCGGAUAGAAACGUACAGACUUACAGAUACAAACAUGGACUCGUAAAAAUUCAUAUUUUUUUUUCUUUUAGAGUAAAAAUAAACAACUCUGUUUGCCAAAUUAAUUAUAUGUCAACACUUUACAACAAGUGAUGAAUGUGUGAAACUAUAAAUCAGAUAAACCGAACACUCUUCAGCUCAACGUAUUAAAUAACACAUUUUUAUAUUUUCACAACUUAAGAUGAUCAUUUCUAUAAAUAAUUGUAAAACCGUUGUGUUUUUUUUUUCUUUUAACUAACUAAAAGCAAAAGUAUAUGAUUGUGUUUAGACUUGCUGGGUGGGUAAAUUAAACAUCUGAGGACGCAAUUCAUUCCACUUCUGUUUGAGCUGAUCUUUCACAGCUUCCUCUGCAAAGAUGCAGUCCACAGCCUGCUGGGAGAGCUUCCACACCGCCUCGUGACUCAGAUCAAACGUGGAGGCAGCUAGCUGAUAUUCUUGAGACAAGUCUGUACAAAAGACUCCUUUAUCAUCUGUCUGCAACAGGACAGAAAACAAGGUUCAUUUCUAUUAUUUGAUGUUUUUAUGCACUCAGUUAUAUCCAUGGUUUGGCUCGAUUCUCCUUUGUGUACUUCUUCCACUGAGAAUGUGAAGAGGUUACUGGAAGCUUAAAUAAAAGUGUCCUAUGUUG